AUGGCCGACGACUCGGAUCCGUACAGUGAACCAGGUGCCAACAUGCCCGAGGAAACGAUAGUUGAGCUCCACAACCAGUGGGAUGCCGUUCUGGUUGUCACCAAAGACAACACCAUUCGCAAGUUCCGGGUAUGCUCGAACGUACUCAGCGCCGCAUCGCCAUACUUCGAGAGCCUCUUGGUCGUUCCUACCUUCUCAGAGGCUAUCAAAGUCCAGAAUGGCCAGCGCCCAGACAUACACUUGGAGGAGAACCACUACCCAGAUGCCAUGGAGGUAAUGCUAAGCAUCCUUCACUACCGUAUGCGGCGCCAGUGGGACAUGGUGACUCCCGAAGAGCUCGCAACCAUCGCCAUAUGCGCUGACCAGUAUCGCUGCGUCGAGGCCCUCAAGGCCCAGAUCGGACAGUGGCUCGUUGGGCAGCCGAAGUCCAACAAGGCUGACCCCGACGAGAUUGGGUACUUGCUGGUAGCUCUUCAACGAUUCGAGCACCCAGAAGAGUUCUCGAGAACGUUGGUCGCUGCUGUCAUGAACAUCCCUUUCUCCUUCGACUUCGGGUCUUGGGCUGCUGAUCCAAUUAUUUCUGAGUUGGACGAGGACCUGAGAGCGCGCAUCCAGAAGAAUAUGGAAAACGUCAAAGCGACACUUACCAAGUUCUUGUAUUCAGCGAUUACGGACCUCACCUUCAACGAUCAAGUGAGCAUGAUACAUCGAUGUAACACAUGCGCUCUGGAGACUCGAACAAAACUCCCAGGAUCCUGCACCAGAGCCGAUUGCCCAUCGAAGACGCGAUGUUACUCUGGUGAACGUGUCAAGGAGUUCCUCAAGAUGCUCCAUAAUAACUCUCUCUGGCCACCGCAAGAAGCGAUAGAGAACUGCACCAUCAGAAAGCUUGGUUCGCGCCUCCGAAACCUGCAGAAGACCGACGUUCACAGCUGCGAUGCCGGCAGAGGGUGCGAACUUAGACGUAUUAUGGACUUAUUGGAGGCAGAGGCGACGACUGUUAUCGAGGGGGCCCAGUCAGGCUUGGAGACAACAGCGAAGACGACGGCGGAGACGGCGGACGACGCCCAGGACAUGUAA